AGCAGGCCGCAGGCCGUCAGGCGAGGGGAGAGGCGGCGGCCAGGAAAUUAAGGCUUGCAGUGGCAUUGCUUUGACAAGCACUUUCUGUUGUCUUUACACAGAUCACAAUGAAGAAGAACCUCAAAGGAAUGUUUGUCUCCCCAUACCUUUGUUAAUGACCAUUAGCAGCUAGCGGAUGCUUAUAAUGACCAAGAAAACAUCCACCACGUUUGUGCUUGGCCUGCUCCAGGCAGCCAAAUGAAGGUUUCUUCCAGUUGUUUCCAGAACUCUAUUGCUGAAGCCCCUCUCUUUGUUGGUUGAAUGUUCAUGAAGCCCUUUCCUGAACCAGCUUAGGAGGCUUACGCCUCUUGGAGCCUGUGACAUGGAAGCUUUGGAAGUAGAUGAUAUUAGCCCCGCCUUGGAAGUUACUGAAGAUUUCUUUAGUACUUUUGACAGUAAGUUAGAAAAGGCUGUGCAGCAAGCAGAAGUUUAUGGGAUUCAAGAAGUCCCUGAACUGGUGGGGCACGAGAUAUUCAGUAACGUAACAGACAAUGGUGCUAUCAGAAAUGUUGCCUCCCUGGGCAAAAGGGGCAUGAUUUGGGACCCCUGUAAGAGCAGGCUCUUAGAAACCAAAGUUCAAAAUGUCUUUCCUGCCAAAGAACAGUUUAUGGUCCAGAAAGGGACAACCCCAGAUAAUCUAUCCUGGAUGGAACAAAAGGAAGCGUCAACCUUUAAUUUUUUCAACAUCUGUCAGCGCCGGAGGGACAGACCUCGUUCUGUGAAUGACUUAUUGGAUGAGACCUCUACUUUCAAGCCUGGGCAUGCUCGAUCGAGGUCAGAUAUUACCCAAGUGGACUGGAGGGUAGUCCUCAAAACCAUGCCUUUGCAGCAGCAGGAGCAGCAGCAGCAGCCGUCUCUUCAGGGUCCUCACUUCACCAGGCCAUCUUUUCUGACGCCCUCACCAAAUAAGGUAGAAGAUGCUCAAGGAAAUACUGAACACAAGCAAGCAUUCCCAAACAUUCUAAAGAAGGGUUACCUGGAGAUUAGGAAGGACCAUGACAGUUACUGGCAAAGCUGCUACGCAGAACUCUCCCCCUACAGCUUAUGCGUCUACAGCCUCGACAGCAGUGGGAAUCAAAACCUCCAUGCCACCUACCAGCUUUCACACUUCCAGAGCAUAUCCGUUUUGGGCAACCUUGAGGCCAGGCUGGUGGAUACUGUUCUGUAUGACAACACUCAGCUACAGCUAAAGGCAGAGUCACCAUGGGAGGCUUUGGACUGGGGCCAGAAGCUCUGGGAAGUCAUGCAUGCUGCCAUGCCUGGUUAUGUGGGACGGCAGGAUGAACUGGCCAACUCCCCAAGGCUUGGUCAUCAUGUUGACUGUACACAGCAUCAUUGUUUACAGCAGAAAUCCAGUGAGCUGCUCAUGCUGUCCCCUAUCUUGGAUAGCCCCAAACAGUACCAAAACAUUCUCAAAUCAGGGACACUCUACAGGCUAACUGUCCAAAAUAACUGGAAGGCAUUUACAUUUGUGCUGAGCAGGGCCUGCCUUAUGGCUUUUCAGCCCGGCAAGCUAGAUGAGGACCCCCUGCUAAGCUACAACGUGGACGUGUGUCUGGCUGUCCAGAUGGACAAUCUGGAUGACUGUGACUCUUGCUUUCAAGUCAUUUUCCCCCAGGAUGUCCUCCGCCUCCGUGCCGAGACCCGGCAGAGGGCUCAGGAGUGGAUGGAGGCUCUGAAAACAGCUGCCAAUGCAGCGAGGAGUUCAGAGCAAAACCUGCAAGUCACACUGAGAAACAAACCCAUGGAUCUGAUGGGUGGGCGUGAACUCAGGAAGAGCAAACGUCAGUCCGUGACCACCAGCUUCCUCAGCAUUCUGACAACUCUGUCUUUGGAACGAGGACUCACUGCUCAGAGUUUCAAAUGUGCAGGAUGCCAGCGAUCUAUAGGCCUUUCCAGUGGGAAAGCCAAGGUGUGCAAUUACAGUGGGUGGUAUUACUGCAGCAGCUGCCAUGUGGACGACAGUUUUCUCAUUCCAGCACGCAUAGUCCACAACUGGGAUACUUCAAAAUAUAAGGUGUCUAAGCAGGCCAAGGAGUUUCUGGAGUACGUGUACGAGGAGCCCCUGAUCGACAUCCAGCAGGAGAACCCCCUGCUGUACCAGCACGCCGAGCCGCUGGCCACCGUGGCGCGGCUGCGACAGCGGCUGACGUCGCUUCGAGCCUAUCUGUUCGGCUGCCGGGCAGCGGUGGCGGAGGAUCUGCGCCGCAGAAUUUUCCCCAGAGAAUACCUCCUUCAACAGAUCCACCUAUAUUCCCUCGCCGAUCUGCAGCAGGUGAUAGAAGGAAAGCUGGCUCCAUUCUUGGGCAAGGUCAUUAAAUUUGCCGCCUCCCACGUGUACAGCUGCAGUCUCUGUAGCCAGAAGGGGUUCAUCUGUGAAAUCUGUAACAACGGCGAGAUUCUCUACCCUUUUGAGGAUAUUUCAACAAGCAGGUGUGAAAGCUGUGGAGCCGUUUUCCAUUCUGAAUGCAAAGAAAAGUCUGUCCCCUGCCCGAGGUGUGUCCGCCGAGAGCUGCAGAAGAAGCAGAAGUCUUUCUGGCGGAGGCUGAAUAUGGAUGAGAGCCUGGAGGAGGCUUGCAACAUGUUUGAGCUGUCCUACCAGAACACCUGACUCAGCAGGAGCCCGAGGCCAGGGACUGACCUCUGGAUGACCCGUCAGCCCCAGUGGCUCCCUAACAAGCCAGUUAGACCCCUUUGGGAGAAGAGUUAUGUCUCAUCUUUAGCUAGAUAUAGACAUACAUUUAUAUGUACACACAUGCAUACCUAUACGUCCUGUGCGUAUGUUCUGUAGAAAGUCGUUGUCUAAAAGGUCCAUGCAGCCUCUGUGGCUCAAACAGUUACCAAUAGCUGAAUUAUACU